AUGGAGACCACAACAGCAGAGACACCCAAGCUUGAACGUCGUGGCUCGGCACCCGUGAAGCGAAGAGUCCCGAGGCACAUCCAGAAGCAGCGAGAAGAGGCAGCUGCCAGUGGUAGUCCGCAAACCCCCAAUGGAAUUUCGAGCUAUUACGAAAGGCCCGGCGUAAUGGCAGAGAUGGACGAAGAUGUUUGGUCGCAGUCUGAAGCAACACCAGUUGUACAACAUUUCCCAGCCGGCAAAGGUGGUCUGCCUGCAGGUGACUGGCAAGCUCUGAACCCUGGCACGACAUUCGAUCCACCUGUCAACCACAUGAUGAUCGACCCAUUGCUUCUUGGUUCUGGUGCUGCGUACCCGGCAAUGCAUGCCGAGAUGCCUCGCGAAGAGCUGAUGUACGCCAUGAACGGUACGUACGAUGGCCGAGCUCGGAGUGCUUCACAAAACUCCCAGUCUGUGUACAUGUCUCGUUUGUCUCGCAUGCACCUUAUUCCUGGUCCUAAUGGUACACCGGUUUCGAUCCCUCCUGAGUACGCCAACAUGACGUAUCCAAUGCAGUACCAAGCAACAGGAAGGCAAUCGUCUCCACACAGCUAUGGUUCUGUAGACACCGGAUCACCGCAGUCUGGAGUGAGCGCGAACUCCUCCCAGAACGGCGCCGCCAUCGCCGCUUGCAGAUACCCUGUUUUGGGGCCACUACUACCCCACCUUGGACCGAUACUCAAUGUCACCACCGCAUGCGAUCUCCUCGAAUUUUACUUUCAAAGUUCAUCGUCGGUAUUCAUGGAACCGGUCUCGCCGUACAUUCUCGGAUCUGUUUUCAGGAAGCGAAGUUUCCUCCGACAACAUAAGCCCAGGAAAUGCAGCCCUGCUCUGUUAUCAAGCAUGCUAUGGGUCGCUGCCCAGACGAGUGAAGCGAGCUAUCUGACAUCUUCGCCGUCAGCCAGAGCUAUCAUCAGCCAAAAGCUGUGGAAGCUCACAGUAGAUCUGCUCAAGCCUCUUGUCCACUCUCCAUCUUCUCACGGUUUCGCUCCUGGACCUGGCUUGACAUCUGCCGCACACGACGCUUUCGGAGUUGACCGAGCUAUAGGACGAUACGAUGGAAGACCCGACGGAGCAAUGCCACCCACCAGCACCCUGGAUGAUGUCGCUACGUACAUCAACCUCGGAGUCGUGACGUCCGCGAGCGAAUACAAAGCGGCUUCUUUGCGGUGGUGGAACGCGGCAUGGUCGCUGGCUCGAGAACUAAAACUAGGGCGAGAACUGCCACAAGGACCCGUGAAAGAGCGAGAGACAGCUGCAACAGAGAAGGAGAUUGAGGCGGGUAUGCCAGAAGGCGCCAGCGCGCAGGCACCCGUGGGCACACCAUCCGCAGCAAUCGUGGAAGAGAUGAAGGAAGAAAGGCGCCGACUGUGGUGGUUGCUGUACAUGGUUGACCGGCACCUUGGCCUCUGCUACAACCGACCGUUGGCGAUGCUCGACAACGAAUGCGAGGACUUGUUCCAGCCGGUUCCUGACACCCUCUGGCAGGCGGGCGAGUUCUACACUGGCCACCCUGGGUCACGGAAACGGGGACUCAAUUUUGAGUGCACAUCGCAUGACAUUUUCGGUUUCUUCCUGCCCUUAAUGACGAUUCUCGGAGACAUUGUAGAUCUGAAUGCACAGAAGAACCAUCCAAGAUUUGGUCAACGGACAUCCUGGGAGCUCCACGAGGCAGAAAUCACCCGCCAGUUAGAACGGUACGCGUACAGCAUCGAGGACUUCAAGGCACAACAUGGCUGCGGCUCGAAUGAGGAAGCGCAGGCCAACAGCACCCCAGACCCAGUUCGGAGUGAGUGGAUGCAUCAGACGAGGAAAGUCGCGGCAUAUGCCACCCACAUCAUGCACGUGUUGCAUAUCCUGUUACACGGCAAAUGGGAUCCGGUGGCACUAUUAGAGGACGACAACAUGUGGAUUUGCUCACAGUCCUUCCUUGCGGCGACUUCCAACGCGAUAUCCGCUGCACAUGCGGUAGAAGUCAUACUGGACGUUGAUCCGGAUCUGUCGUUUAUGCCCUACUUGUUCGGCAUGUAUCUCCUGCAAGGAAGUCUGAUCCUGCUCCUUCUAGCGGACAAGCUAUCGACCGAGACCAAUGACGGGGUUAUUCGAGCGUGCGAAACCAUUGUCCGGGCACACGAGGCGGCGGUUGUGACUCUCAACACCGAGUAUCAGAGAAACUUCCGCAAAGUGAUGAUCUCGACAUUAGCGCAAAUAAAAGGCCACGGCCACGCCAGAGAGAUGACGCCUGCGAAGCGGCGGGAAGUCCUAUCCUUGUAUCGCUGGACAAGUUUAGGAAAUGGAUUGGCCAUAUAA